UCAAAAUCGAGGCAGACGUGGAGAUGGUGGAGAAGGCCACAACGCUUCAGGCGCAUUUCCUCGGAACACUAGACGUGCUAAAGGACUACGAAAACCCAGAGCAUGGUGCUGACAACCAAGGCUUGUUCGUUCUGGAUGCCCUCUGGCGCUCGGUGGAGAAGCUCUCGGGAGACUCGGAACUGGAAGUUGCCUCGUACAGCACCAGCCUCGGGGAGUUGGAGUCGUGCAAGGCGACCACGGAUGUGGCUAGUUCCUACUCGUUCGUCGGCUUUUUGUUCAACAUCCAGGGCGAGUACACCCAGGCUGAACCGCUCUACGAGAAGUCACAGGCCAUCCAAGAGAAGUUCUUGGGUCAGGAGCAUUCAGAUGUGGCUACGUCGCUCAACAACCGUGGUUGUUGA